GCCAGGCCUAUAGGAAAGGAAAGAGGGGGAGGAAGGAGGGGUGGCGGUAACAAAGGGAUUACCAGAAGAGCCCUUGCACACUUGGACACAGGCCUUACUGUGCAAAACGCUCACUUUGGGCCGGACCUAACUGGAAAGGAAUGCAGUUGGGCUUUUAUACAUCCUGCCCGAGGGGCUAAGGAUGUGUGCAUGACUGUAAAGGGCGGGUAGAUACAUGUAUGCAUGUAUAUAUUUGGGAGUGUGUACAUGUGAGGCCAAAUGUGUGAAAGGGACAUUUCCGACAUUAGCCGAACAUAAAACGUCCGUCUCGAAGGUUCACGUAAAGCGGUUUCAAAAGUGACGCACUCAUUCACACACACGGGAGCGCGCACGCUCACGCGCAUACACGCGGUUCCCAUUCCCUGCAUACCUAGUGUUUUGUGUGUGACUGGCUUCCAGGAAAGAGGCACUUUAAUUGAGUUGAGUUUUUACGGCUUGCCUGGUGUUACUGUGUGUGUGCGUGUGUGGCUGUGUGUGUGCGUGUGUGGGGAAAGCGUGUGUGUGUGUGUGUCGGGGGUGGGCUUGACGUGGAGAAAGAAUACUUUUUUUCAAUGACGCAAAAAAAGUCCUCAGCUGCGGAGAAAUGAUGUAAAAGUCAUUAUGAAGCGCAUUCCUGGCACUCAGGCGCGCGCACACACUCAGACACACACAAAGACCCACUUGACUGCAAACAACUAUUCGUUCACAUGCAAAUGUCGCCCAAGGUUAAGCGGUAAAAUAAUGUCACACCAACGCAGGUAACACAAGAUAUUAAAACAACUAAAUUGAAUCGGUAAAAAAUUAAAUUUUAAUUCAACAUUUUGAAGUACUACUGUAAUGUCAAAAUUUAAAAAUGCAUUUUUUUUUAAAUAAAAGCAUGACGAAAUUAAAAUAAAAAAACACUCACUUUUGUAUAUUCUUAUGCCCUUAAAUGUCUAUAAAAGUCCGAAAAGUUUCCGUCCGUCCUUUUCCUCCUCAACACUUCCAAAGCAAAGAGUGCAAGUAGUCUAAUGUACAAAGGGGCUCAACUGUGACUCAAGUUCUCCACAUACCAUAAUUCUUCCCUGCAUCAUUUUCGCCAAGUCGCAGUCUUUCCAGCCCGAACACUGAAUCGUUUGGCGGCCCUAGAUUUUAUUUUUUAUUUUUUUUACUUAGCUCCACUGUUCGGUCACAGUAUAGGUGGAGGUGCGCAACGACUCGCUCACGUUUUCAGAAUAGAUUACGUCAAUGUUUACUUUAUUUCAAUCAAAUCAUUGAUUAAUUGAAAAUGUGUUUCAAAAAUGAAAAUCGGGAGAAAAAAAAAUCCCAAACUGUCGUAUAAAAAUACGCAAAAGGCGGCUACUCUGAGCGCGCCCCUGCGACGAGCGCUCCGGCGGCACUCUUCCAGGAAGAGGCUUUGCUGAUUGUUUCUUCCAGGAAGGCCUUUUUUUGUUGGCCGAUCAGCGCUUAUAGGAAAGCCGUUCGGGGCCGGCCCAUCAGCGCCAGUAUUGUCACAGCCGCUUCUGAUAAAGCCCGAGCAGCUUCCAGGAAAGCGGAGAUUUACCCUCCAAGCAUUCCAUCAUUCCUUCAGCGCCAUCUCUGCGCGCACAAAGUGAAGGAGGCGGGUGGGGGGUAUAAUAAGGAUGCGGAUCAAUAAAAACCAUAUGGUGAGCAUGCACACGCUGUAUCGUUAUUGUGCCGCCGCCAAGUGUUGACCUCGCUGUGGUCACUCCGCGACCGCCCUCGCUUAAACCGCAUUCCCGAUUUUUUCCCCCCGAUAUUCUCGUGUGUGUGAACUUUGCCCGCGACGGUGGGAUGAAAACAGUCCGGGAUGCUGGGAAGGCCGGGAAACUCCACUGAAAACAAACAGGGCUUCCCAGUCAGAAUACUUUUAUUUAUCUCCUCCCUUUCUUCUAUCUUAACGUGAGGGGGUCACGCUUCGUGUUCCCGUCAGUAGAAAACAGGGGGUCCUCUGUGUAUGUGUGUGUGUGUGCUGCAUAUAAAGAGCCAAUCACUGUGUGGUACGGAGACUAAGCCCCCCAAGUACUACUGGUUUAUAGGGUUCGGCUUCAGAGAAGUCACGUGACUUCCCAGCGAGAAAGCGAGGGAGGGUGACGAUGGUGGGGGAGACUGAUGAGUGAAAAGGAGGUGACAGAAAGGGUCAAGGGAAGGUAACGACUGAAUGACAGGUUGCUCAAGGUGGCGGAACCCGCAAGGUCAUCUUAACCUUGGUACUGACGUGAUUCCUGGAAACGGCGCGUUGCUCGUAUGAAGAUGAUUCACAAAAUUGCCAUGAGACGCUUGUUCCUCUUGAAGUGGAUAAGUGAGUUGCGAGGAAAGCGCUUCAAGGCUUCUAUGGAAACAUCUUUCAUCCCUUUGCCCCGCCGCAAAUGAACAGCUCAUUCAUCAUUGGAUUGGGAUAAACUAUAAUGGAGCGAUUAUAUGAUUCAGAUUGUGGGAGGAGUGUAAAAAAAAAAUCCCAUUUGUAAGCGACGUUACGAAGGUGUGUCCCAAUAUUACAAUUUACUGGACGGGUGACACCCUGAAUUAUGCCGCGUUGGGAAGUACCCUGAAAAGUCUCUGUGAGGAAGGGAUGGGUGAAAUGGGGCUUAAUGCGAACCAGAUGUGAGCAAGUCUCAAGCAUUAAUGUCAACACCUUUUAAGCAAAGAGCAUCUUUGCCUCGAUCUGCGUGUGUGUGUGUGUGUGUGUGAAGACUUCCCAUAAACACCUGCUUUUGUGCAGCAAUUGAUAGCGAAAGAACCAAUGAAGGGAUGGGCUGGGGUGGGUGGGUCUAUUUCGGGCCCCCAACAGGCUUUAUGGUUAUUGGAAAGGCGUUGCCGUCUCGUCAUUGCUUCUUCCCAGAAAGGGGUCAAUAUUUCUCCUGCUUCAUUUCUGCCUUAUUCAAUAUUUUUCUCUGUGAGCCAUGAAAGUCGCUGGCCACAAAGACUCGAGUGUGUGAGCGUCACGCAGCUGGAUGGCCCCAUUACAUUACAAGCAGACGCCCGCUUACUGGCACUACGUGCGCGCGCACACGCUCUUAUCAAGUGAUUACAAUCGCACAAGAGUGGGAAGUGCGUGCGUGCGUGCGUGCGUGUCUGCGACUGGAAUUUGAUCCCGUGGAUUCACGAGUCCCACGCUAGUUGACGUUUUGACAUGUGCAGCUGUACUGCAGUGUCAGUGCGUGUGUGUCGAUAGCAGAUGGUCCAUAGAGGGCGCUCGUGAGCCACACCGCCACUGACUAUCGUCACCAGGUAUUCAUUUAUAAGUUAUAAAUUACUGUAAUACGAUACUGUACAUUAUACUGUAUAAUACAUAAUAUUGGUUGUUUUGCAUUUUUUGUGUUAUAGUAUUAUAGUUAUAGUAUUAUGAUUAUUAUGUUAACAUUACGCUAGAACAUUUAGUAUACAAAUAUUUUAUUUUAAAAAAGAUAAUAUAUUUUGUAUCAUUCAAGUACGUUAUGUUUGUAUAUUAUAAUGAGUAUGUGGCGCCACCCAGUGGACAAUCUUGACACGUGCAAUUUUGACCAGCUAUUCGGGCAUCAGUUAACCGUCCUGCAUGAGGUCAAGUAAAUGAUUAUCGAUGCAAUCGAUCCAAAGUUCAAUCCCGAUUUUUCAAACGGUUUACACUGCAGCAAUGUCCCUCAAAACAGUUUGUUGUAAGUUUCAUUUUUGGGGUCGCGUCGUCGCUCGACCAAAUGCCGGAAAACGAAGUUACUACAACAGCGGGAGCUCCGGACCAUCCGAGUCCUGCAGGGCGACUCGUGUACGGGUUGUGGACCUCCGCAGCGACACGGUGACCAAACCAGGACCAGCGAUGCGCCGGGCCAUGGCUGAAGCCGAAGUCGGAGACGAUGUGAUGGGCGAAGACCCCACAGUGAACGAGUUGCAGAAAAUUGCAGCUAACAUGUUUGGAAUGGAGGCAGCGCUCUUUGUCCCCUCGGGAACAAUGAGUAACCUCAUCGCAGUGAUGGUGCACUGCAGGGAGCGUGGCGAUGAGAUAAUCGUAGGGGACCGAUCCCAUUUGCACAUCUACGAGCAGGGAGGCAGCGCUCAGCUCGCCGGCGUCCACGCCACGACAGCCAACACUCUCGCCGACGGCACCUUCGACCUGGACCAGCUGGAGUCUAAGAUCCGCCACGACUACCCGGACCCCCACUACCCCCGGUCGAGACUUAUCUGCGUGGAGAACACGCAUAACGUACAAGGAGGACGUGUCAUGCCGCUUAGCUUCCUGCAAGAGGUGCGAGCUCUCGCCGACAAACACGGCCUGUCAGUGCACAUGGAUGGAGCACGCCUGAUGAACGCUGUAGUGGCACUGGGGGUCCCUGUGACGGACAUAUUGCAGCACACACACACUGUCAGCGUGUGUCUCUCCAAGGGACUGGGUGCCCCGGUAGGAACCAUGCUGGCUGGGCCCAGAGAUUUUAUCUCCCAGGCGGUGAGGUGCCGUAAAGCUCUGGGGGGUGGGAUGCGUCAGGCCGGCAUUCUGGCAGCGGCAGGGAAACUGUCUUUGCUGGACAUGGUCGAAAGACUACAGGAAGAUCAUGAUAACGCAAGAACCUUCGCUCGAGCCUUGCAAACAUGCGAGCCGCCCCUGUUUGCCGUGGACAUGGCGGCAGUGGAGACAAACAUUCUGCGAUUCGGAAUCCGAGAACCCGCCUUGAGUCCCGCCGAGUUCUGCGAUCGCAUGGCCAAAGUUGGAGAUGGAGAGGAAGACGCGCUGGGCCAGGGAGUACAAGUCCUCAUGUACCCUUAUUUUCGUAAUUCUGUGAGAGCCGUGUGGCAUCUGGGCAUAUCUGGGCAAGAUACGCAGCUGGCCAUCAGGAAAUUGCAAUAUGUUGCCCGGCAGUGCUUGAAGAAUAAACAAUAAAGGGGCUUGUAAAAUG